CCCAUUCCCGUCCGUCCACAGGCUCUGUUCUCCAGUGAUUCCGUUUUCCACCUAUAAAAAUGAGGAGUAUGCACGGAGACGACCUCCUCGACUCACCGCCGGCCACGCGCGCUCACCCCCUCCGUACGAGCCACCCGCCGUCCUCCGCCGUCAGCUUCAACCCCAACAGUGCUCUUACAUCUCUUGUAGCUAGCUGGAAAAGCGAGCUUGCAUGAUGGAGGACUCUUCAACUAGGAGCCAUGUUUUUGAGGGGAAUCGGCUGGGCUAUGUAAGAAGUGAAUCCAUGGAUUCCGCUGGCCAUCCUUCGGCUGCUAGGUCAGGCUCACUGCUAAGUAGGAGAAGUAGCAGGCCCAGUUCAAGGGGAUCCAUCAGCCUCUCUCGCGAGAUGGGCGACUCGAUCCUGAACUCAAUGAGGCAUUCCCUUCAGUCAGCAGACCAGUUGCUUGGUGAUGCUGAUAGCUCGGCUUUGGCUCAGGUCAUUGACAGUGGUGACCGAGUGCUAGCCUUGGAAGAUGAGGCCGAUGAAGAUAUGGCAAAUACAUUGGAUCAACAUCCUGUCCGAGAUAAUCGAAUCCAUGGCUACAGCUCACAUGGCACAGGUCUGCCAGCACCUGAGUCUUCUCUGGAGCCAAAGGGCGAGAGCUCAUCAGGCAAGGUUGAACAAUAUAUGCUUUCUCGGAGGCUAGAUUAUGCUUCUUACCUGAUCCAUUUAGCCGCCUUUGGAUCAUUCGGGGUAUUUACAAGGUACGGGCUCCAAAAGCUGUUCGGCCCAGGCUGCCUGGCACUCACCUCCAACCAAAGCCCGUUGUACCUUGAUCUUCCAUCAAACAUGCUAGGAUCCUUCCUGAUGGCCUGGUUUGGGAUAAUCUUUAAGACUGACAUUCGGCACAUAUCUGAACAUCUCAUUGUUGGAAUCACAACCGGAUACAUGGGAAGCCUUACCACCUUCAGUGGGUGGAAUCAAGCGAUGGUUAGCAUGUCUUCCAAAGACCAUUGGGCAUAUGCCAUAGCUGGCAUAGUAUUAGGAAUGUUCAUCGUCAAUGAGUCCAUCAGGGUGGGCGCCGAAACAGGUGAGCGCCUACGAAGCUGGAUCCUGAAAUGCAUCAAGGAAAAUAGUUCAAUAGGAAGCAACUGUAACUGGGAGCACCUGAAAGUCAACACUAGGACUAAACAUUUUGUGCUUAUAGCAGUUAUGAUGAUUUUGCUUUCUUUUGUGUGGGUUCUGAGUAUCGUGUUGGCCAUAAUAAAGGUGCGCAAUCUUGAUGAUGGCGCUGUACUAUGGUUGGGGUGCUCGGUUGCGCCUCCAGGCGUUUGGUUACGCUGGUACUUGGCAAGGCUCAAUGGCCAGGGAAUCGGCAAACAGAGAUCCCUCAAAUGGCUGCCCAUUGGGACACUUGUAGCCAAUGUUCUUGCUGCGGGUAUCAUGGCAUCACUGGCUGUGACCGCCAAAGCGGUGAAUACAAAGCGUUCGACAACUGUUCUUAAUGGCAUACAGUUUGGUUUCCUUGGCUGCUUGAGCACAGUGUCUACUUUUGCUGCUGAAAUCUAUGCUAUGCGAAGCAGCGGACAGAUUGGUAGGGCCUUUGUCUAUGCUGCAGCGACCUUCGUGCUCUCUUUCGUGCUGGGAACUCUGGUAUACUCUGUGCCAGUAUGGGUCAAUCAUUACCAAUAGCUUCAUGAAGUAUUACAGACUUGAAGGCUUUGGCAUCAUUUUGCUGGUUGCAACAUCCAAGCAGAUAGCGCAAUUCUCAACAUACAUAGUUAGGCUUUUCUAGGGAAUUUUGUCUGCUUCUUUAAGAUAUUUGAUGUACCAUGUACGUUGUUGAACAUGAUGGCAUUUUGCAGCAGAAACAUGUUUGUACACAACAUCUGCCAUUGUAAUCCUGUGAACAACAACAUCCAUAUUUAUGGAGUAUGUAUAUGAAAUGUUACAGUUUA